CGCCUCCUCCCCUCUGCCUUCUGAGGGGCACCGCGAGCGGGAGCGCGCGCGAGACACACAACGCGAAGCGUCCCGUUGUCGAGCGUGCGGGAACAACGUGCGCGCGCGAUCGAGCAGCUGGCGGUGUUGGCUUGGUUGUGCGCGUCUUCUUCCUUGAUCGGGGCCGCUGACGGCUGCCUUCUGUUCCCCUCGGGCUCGAUCGCGGGACUCCGUCCGUCCACCCUCCCCCCUUGCUUCGUACCAAGAGCCGUCUCCGUAGCCGUCCCGUGCUGUGUGUAGUAGCUGUCGCGCGAGUGCGUUGGUUCCGUGUGUGCGUGAAUACGCAGGUCAGCCGCCGCUGCUCGCGAUGCCAGGGCCCGAGAUCGAGAAGAUGACGACGCGUUGCUGCGGCCAGCGCGCGUCGCGACCGGACAUGGCGCUGGUCAAGGCGGCCGUCGGUGUCCUGGCCGGACUGUUCCUCGCGCUGUCUGGCCUGGCCACGUACGUCUUCUUCCCUGCGAUAUUCAAGACGCAAGUGGAGUUGAACCUUGUGCUGGAGCCCAGCAGCGAAGUGUACAGCAGUUGGCAGCGCGCGCCUGUACCCAUCUACCUCAAGUACUACUUCUUCAACAUGACCAAUCCGGACGAGAUUCUCGCUGGCACGGAGAAGGCCCGCCUGCAAGAGGUCGGACCCUACACAUUCCUCGAGACUCGAGAGAAGGUGAACAUCACGUGGAACCCGAACGGCACGGUCUCGUACCGACAAGUGAAGCGCUACUACUUCCAGCCGGACAUGACCAAGGGGUCGCUCGAUGACGUCAUUACCACCCUCAACAUGCCCAUGAUCUCGUCGGCGCACUCUGUGCGGUACGCGACGGAGGAUUUCUUCGCGGACGCCUUGCCGGACAUCUUCAGUGACACGGAAAGCAAGCUGUUCGUGAGCAAGACGAUGCGGGAGCUGCUGUUCGAGGGUUACGAGGACGGCAUCUUGCAGUUUGCCAAGCGUCUGGGCUACCCGGUGCCCAGCGAACGCUUCGGCUGGCUGCACGGGAAAAAUGACACCGAUGACGGCGAGUACACCAUCUUCACGGGUGCCAAAGGAAUGGACAACUACGGAGCGAUGGACAAAUUCAACGGGCGAGAUGAGACGUCCGCCUACCGCGGCUACUGCAGCAUGGUCAACGGAACAGUUGGAGACAUGUGGCCCCCAGUUGCCUUGGAAAACAAGGACAACAUAACACUGUUCGUCUCCGAUUUCUGUAGGUCCAUCGAUAUGGACUUUCUGGGUGACGUGGAGACUCGUGGCGUGAAGCUUCGUCGUUACUACGCCAGUCCCCGGAUGUUCAACUACAGCUCCCAGGAGAGCCACUGCUUCUGCGAUAGCACGUGCCUUCCCAAUGGUGGCCUGAACGUCUCCGCCUGCGUCAAGGGAGCGCCGGUGAUCAUCUCUUUCCCGCACUACCUGUACGCACAUCCGAUCUACCAGAUGCGCCUGGAGGGAAUCAAACCGGACCCAAAGAAGCAUCAGAUGUACUUGGACAUUGAGCCGAAAAUGGGCAUUACCGUGAACGCAGUGGCGAAAUUUCAAGUCAACGUUUGGAUCGACCACAUUCCUGAUGUUCCAUUCUUCGAAGACAUCACCCAACGGCGUUUCUUCCCUGUGUUUUGGUUUGAGAAUCUUGCGUCGGCCGACAAGGACAUGCUGUCCAGGUUGCGUCUCGUGACGGAGGAACUUCCGCAGUACGUCACGGUCGGCGCUUUCGGCGCCGUCAUCAUUGGCGGCAUCAUCCUGCUUGCGACGCUGGUGUACGCCAUCCGAUACGCGAAGAGGCCGCCCAAGUAGAAUAUCGGAGAAGGCGGCACGAUGGCUCACGUAUGAACUCGGGAACUAAAACCGGUGCAGCCUACAUACAUUCCAGUGCGCGUGCUCAAGUGAGACAGAAGCGCCCGGCUGUUCGAAAGUACGAUUUCCAGCGCCAACCGCCCUUUUCACUCCCAAGAAGGCCACCGGUUCUAUCGGUGCCGACCGGUUCCCAUUGACGAAAGAACUGCGCGCGCACGGACUCUGAUCGCAAGAGGCGGCCUCUUCUUUCUUCUCGACAUUAUUCCUAUCGUAAGGAGCGUGUUUGUUAAGCCCUCCGGACAAGUUACACACACACGCCCAGCCUGUGAUCAUACGUCAGCAUUCCCAUAACUUUGUUCCUCCUUACUGGAUCCCCCCCUACCCGCACGUCAAGAGUAUUGUGAACGUUCUUAGCUUGUGUCGGUGGGAAUCGUAGACCAGUGCCGAGGUCGACUUCAAAAAUCGUUGUCAACAUGUGCUCAUCACAAGCCACGGUCAACCGCUCGGCCGGGCUUGGGCUGAGCUGCGCGUUGCGCCGGACGCGCGCGCAACGUCAUAUCCGGCCGAAGACAGGAACUGACGCCGGAGGAAAGGUUGACCACUGGGAAGACAGCAGCGAAUGCGUGUUCGGAGCGAGGCGGUUUGUGAAUGCUCAAUGCGUUGUUGUGAGAUUGUGUGUGUUUUGUGGUGCGUCUCCCUUUGUAUAUACCGAAUCGCUCACGUUUGCUUUUUUUUUUAAGAUCAUUGUUAUUUUUUACACCUUCGUCAUACGGGAUAGCGCGUAGAAGAGCGGAGAUAUUGAACAUCGGGCAACGAUGUGUGAAUGUCUAGUCGAUGUCGUCGCUAAAGAAAAGAAAAAAAAGAAAACACGACUCGUCUCUGACUUUAUCGAGACUGCAUUGAUAUUGUGAGGUGAUGCUUUUGGCAUUCCGCGUAUUUGUGAAGCUCGUUGUUUGCGUAAAGUUGUGUAAGCUUCACUGUGUUGGCUACGCGUGACCAAGAAACAAGUCGAGAUUUUAUAUUUGACUGGUCGCCGAAGGUUCCAUUUUUGCGUGUGCCACUUUCCUUUUGCUUGUUAGGGUUUUUGUUUUUAUGCUUUUCACAAAAUGCGUUCGCUAGAGACUCAAGCUUGUCGCUUUUAAAGGUAAAGAAAUAGAACUAAGAACCUACACAGCGAAGAAAUGGGUCAUCAUGUUCAUCACGCUCCUCGUAUUUCUUGUAUGCAAGCGGCAUGUAGCGGUGCGAAAGUUCAAGCUUCGCACAUGCUGUGGUGUAUCAAGCAUUGGAAGUCUUACGGCUUGGUGCUAUUUCUUGUACGAGCUAUGUGUGCCAAGAAUCGAGAAGUAGGGUUUGACGAUGCGAACUAAUUUCGUCUUUCCGAUUGGAUAUGUGUCAUACCCAUGGUGCCACCGUUACCCGGUUUUAUAAGUUCUUUAAAGGCCUCAUACAUCCAGCUCACUGUUUUGAGAAUUCGUAUUUAGUAAGCGAAGUUCAAUCUUGCGCUACGCACGGUACUUAUACCGUUUGCACUUCUCUUACAAACCAGAUAAUCAGUUAUAAGUAAGACUGCCGUAUUAUCGCCCCAGUACCCUGAUUUAUCCGGUGAUUAUAUUAAUAUAUGCCGUUUUAAAUGGCAAGCAGUGACGCGUACCCAGUGAACGACAUGGCGCGUAUUUUAAUUUCGUUUUUUCUAUAAAAUGAAAAACUAUACAACUACCUUAUAUUUGCAGGUCCAAACCUCUGUUGCAGUCAGUUAUUGGCACAGGAAGACCGCUACUGCUGGCUUAUAUGAAGCGCGCAUGAGUUUAACAACUUGAGUUUAGAAAUUCAUACUAUCACAUCGUCAUAUGUCGUGUUUCUUACUGAGCUUUAGAGAAUUAGUGGAAUUUACACACAGGUAUUAUGCGGUAGUAGGGGCGAGUGCAGACCUUUCUCAUCUUAUUUCCUUUCUGCAGGAAAGCUCUCGAGCGCUAGCGAUCAAGUGCCUAUCAAAGAAACAUUUAAUCCACCAAGCUUGUGUAAACAUGUGCUCAGAGAAUCUGUUGCUUACUGCUCUGUAUAUACACUUUUUUUUGAGGAAAUCUCUGUAUUCUUAUUAAUGCUACGCUAGCGAGAGUAAGAUCUAUCUUGCCUCGCAAGCGCACUUAGUCGGCAGAGGGCACAUGCCAAUUGGGUGGCGUCAUUGCUUCCAAUAAUCGCGAUGCAGGUCUCGCUCUGAAUAAUUUUCGCCUAGAUAGAUAUCGUUGUGUUAAUUUUCUAGUGCUAUUAGCGCACACAUCGUGCCACUGUGGACCGGGUUCUGGUCGUUGGCAAAGAACACAUACGAACAAAAAGCUUUGCGAAUUCGGCCUGCUUUAUCUAGGUAACCGGUUAACCGAUUCUACAAAAAAAGUUGUAGGUGACACUUAACUGAAAAGUUAUAAUCCUAGGGAUUGUUUUCCAUAAAUUGUCUAAACUUCUUUUUCUCGAAAACUCCCGACAAACACAAUAUCGCAAGAAAAUUUGAACAGCGCGCUUGCAACUUUGCAACUCAGUAACCAGAACAGAUCUCCCAAUUCUAUUAGCAGCGACAAAUGCAGCAUUUAAUGCGAACAACUUUUUACUACAUAAAGUUUGUGUAAAUCGCUUCUUUGGUUUGGUCGGGGGAAGGUCUGCAAAAGUACUGUUUGUCUCUCUAAUGAAUCAUCUAAAUAUAUUAGGAACUCGCCAUAAGGACAACGCUUUUACAAAUGGCAUGUACUUGUGUAUUCAGAGACAGAGAAUAGAAAAGCAAAAACCGGGAGCUUAGCUACGUUUUUGACCAGCGAACAACUGGGUUCCCCACCGUAGACUGCGGGAUGUCAAGUGAUAAAGUUGCGAAGGCUGCUUAAAGCUGCGUUACCUUUUGCGGCACGAACUUUUUAGCCCAGUCGUAUAUUGUGUACGUGAUACCUAUACUCUGGCGCUUUGAUUAAAGACAAAUAUUUAACUCUAGGUUUUUACGAGCACGGCGAACUAAGGAGCCCAAAGUCGGCCGCGCAAGCAGGAAACUAUGCUCGGCUCAUGGUCUCCAGCACUUCACCCCCUGACUAUACCCAAUCACUGAUGCUUUGUGCGUCUAUUUUGUGCUCAAGUCGCGAACAAUAUUGCGUGAAGGCAGCCCAGAACACUUGCGCCGGUUUUAAUAACUCAUACUUUCUGUGCUCUUCUGGCUUUCUGCAGCAAUAUAACAUGGUGCGUGUUGUUACGAGCGGUAUUAAUUUCCACCAACAACUGAAAUUGAGGAGGCAGAUGCGUGCUGCCUCCAGUCUCCCCCACAGCGUCCCACAGUUACCCGAACGAGCCAACCCGCUAUGCAAACGGGCCGAGUAUGGGUAACCUGCUUUUGAGUUAAGCUGUUAUAUGCAAUAAAGUCCGAAAGCCCAAUUUACUUUUGAGUAAUCUAUUUGAUCGACGAAGCGUUCAGUUCGAAGCUUUCUUUAUUGGCUUUAGAAUAGCCACGAGGAAGGGAGCUCGUUCCUUACGCUACGAUUCAUCAUCCACACGUAGUUCAUUGCGAAAAUAAUUCGACAGCUUCUAUUCUGGACGUGCUUUGAAACUACUUCACAGAAGUGUUAAGUUAACGGGCACGUCAUCCGGGGUCUCCCCAGCAAUUUCAGUGUUUGUGAAGGCAUUUUUUGCGGUCACAUCGUGAACUUUAUACCAUUAAGUAAUAUCCUAGUUUGAGCCCAUUUUUUCCUUCACUUAUUUACCGUUACGCACCUUUUGUAACUGUAAAGGUCCGAUACAGGCGUAGACGUACUUUAUCAUUCUUCCCGUCAGAAUUAGUGUCACUUGCUCCUCAACAGUUCGACUGAAGCGUCAGGGCGUGUUUUCGGUUUUCACGGAAACCUCGUUCUUGUGCUUCUUAGUUCCUUUCCUGCAGUUCUGUAGUAGUUCCUCUUGAUUCAGGCUUGAAUCUAUGCGAGAUGGUAAGCGUUGAGAGUGACCAAGAUGCCGGAUAAAUAACAAUCUACGUUUCCUUCAACUGAGAGGUUUCCGAAGCUCAACCAGAACUACCUGCCGCCCAUUAAUAAUUUACGAACCUCUUCCAAGACGAAGAUAUAUAUAUAUACACGAGCCACAUUGUGAUGACUGCAUGACGCGCCGCGGGAAGCAAAGAAUUAAAGAGGUGCCAACUGCAAAUCAGAGUAGAAUAGAUUAUGUGCUCAAAACGAACAACAUGGCGUAGGAAAGUGCCACUACCAAAAAUUUGCUCCAGGAUUAGAGCAGUGCCUUGUUGUCCUUUAAUGUUUUUGCAGAUUUACAACACAGCAUCGCAGCGACGCUCAAAGUGAGACUCUUAAGCCAGCUUUAUCCUCUUAUCAUGUGCAGUGUUAUUGAGAAGUCUUGUGUUGUUAAUCCUUGACUGAAACAGUCUGUGCUGCCUUGUGUGUACGUCUCUGCAGGCUUGUCGCCAAACGUUCGUAUAUAGCUACGAGGGGCAUUCUUACGCUAUACGCUUACGUAUAGUCGCACGCUAGUCCCAUGCGUCAAAAGUGUCCAAUGACCAAGUGCCUCGAUAAGACUCGUGCUAGUUGUGAUCAGUGUGCGCUCUGUGUCGGCGCAGUGCGAUGAGCCAGCCACGUGUGAACCACGGCAGCCGGAGAAAUGUUACGGCUGUCGUGCUCCCUACCUCGAAUAUACUCCGUUUUAUAUACUGUAAUACUACGGAUACAGUAACACAAGUGUGCCUAAAGUAAGUGCCCACAGUGCCUUCUGUAUACGGAAAUCUUUCAGACGAAUUGUAUUCUUCCUGCGCUGCACCAUAUCGCAAAAUAUACUGCAUGGUGUGGCUCUGUUUGGCACGUGCCGUUGUUGCGUUAGAAACGUGUUUUCUUUUUUCCUGAAAACAGACAAGGGAGUCUAUGCCUUGUCGGUACAUGCGCAAAACAAAUAUGAACAGUUUCGUUAUGACUCGCUAACUCCUGUCCAUUCAUUGUUCUGGCAAAAUGCACGAUUUGUGCUCGUACCUCUGCCAGUUAUGGUGUCGGCGUGUCGGCUAGUUUAAUUAUUUCUUUUUUUAAUUUGGCAAGAGUGCUUACGUAGCGUUACGUGCGAGUUGCACAAAUUGCACAACGCAAGGACACGCGUGCCAAAAAGAGUCAAUUAUUUUUCCAUGUACCCUCGUUGGUCAGUGUGCAGAAAAAAAAAGGACUGCGAAAGCCCAUGGACCCACGAAUACACUGCGAGCCGUAUGUCAUAGUCCUCUGAUAGCAUGCAUAAUACGGUUGUUGUUUUUUCUGUUCUACGUAUUAUAUGUCCGAAAGUAUCUACAGGCAUCUUGUCAUUGGCGCUGCCUUGAUGUUACGUUAGCUCUCGCGUGAGGCAAUUUUGUUGUGUCAUAUUGUGUGCUGUCUCGAACCUGAAUAAAAAUGAAACAUGCUCAAGA